GCACGCCUCUUGACAGCCAACUUCUUUUCAGGACUCUUCAGAUAUUCUUUGGGACCCCAGAAGUGGGGGGAGGGAAAGGGUGGGGGGGAAAUCAGGAUUUCUACAAACAAACAACCAAGAAGGGUUUUUCCAUCCGAAAGUGACAUCGGUGUGUGGCUCUUUUGUGUCCCAGCCUGCCCUCGUCUGCAACAUAUUUUCGGCUGGCUGCUUGCCUCUUCCCACAGCCUUUCCGAAAAUAAAGUGACGUAUUUUACCCAAAGGCUGAAGGAGCUCAGUGAUUCCUCACCUAGAAGGAUCCCUUUGCCUGCUCAGAUUUUUCUGGAAUCCUGUGCCCGAGCGCAAAGCCCGCGUCUCUUCCCAGCCUGAAGCUGUAGCAACACCGAAGAUCUCUCCACUUCUGCAAAAGAGAUUUUCUCUCUCUCUCUCCAGGAAAUCAAGUGUAAGUGCUGGACUUCCUACAGCCGGCUCGCUAAAAGUUCAUCGACUUUGGAGAUCUUUGCAUUCCUAAAAGAUUAAAGGAUCCAUGAACCUCCUGGAUACUCUUGGGUAGCUUUUUUUUAUUUCUAUUUUAGCUGGAUCGAGUCCCUGGGCUUGAUCGUUGGGCCUUGCCCAUUGUUGACAUUCCAGAUCGAGCUCUCUUUGAGGUCUAUGGUCCCCUCUGCCAAAGCUUCCAGCUGUACCUUCACCUGUGUUUAGAAUUUAUUACCAAGGAGGCCAUCAGGGUGCCAAGUUCUCAGGGCGGCCAAUAUGUUCAGCUGGAUGAAGAAGAACGAAAAGAAGAUUCCCGAGGUCAUCCGUACGGUUACCGAGGGUUUGAAAGACCUCUACAAGAGGAAGCUCCUACCUGUGGAAGAAUUUUAUCGCUUCCACGAUUUUCACUCGCCAGCUCUGGAAGAUGCCGACUUUGACAACAAGCCCAUGGUAUUGGUGGUGGGCCAGUACUCCACCGGCAAAACCACCUUCAUUAAAUACUUGCUGGAGCAAGAUAUCCCCGGGAGCCGAAUCGGACCUGAACCCACCACGGACUCUUUCAUUGCUGUCAUGCACGGCGAAACGGAGGGGAUCAUACCGGGCAAUGCCCUGAUUGUUGACCCCAAAAAGCCCUUCCGAAAACUCAACCCUUUUGGAAACACCUUCCUCAACCGGUUUAUGUGCGCCCACUUGCCCAACCAGGUCCUCGAAAGCAUCAGCCUCAUUGACACGCCGGGCAUCUUGUCGGGAGCUAAGCAGCGGGUCAGCCGAGGUUACGACUUCCCAGCCGUGCUCCAGUGGUUUGCCGAGCGCGUGGACCUCAUCAUCCUCCUCUUUGACGCCCACAAGCUGGAGAUCUCCGACGAGUUCUCCGAGGCCAUCCGGGCCCUCAAGGGCAACGAGGACAAGAUCCGGGUGGUCCUGAACAAGGCCGACAUGGUGGAGACACAGCAGCUGAUGCGGGUCUACGGCGCCCUGAUGUGGUCGCUGGGCAAAGUGUUCAACACCCCUGAAGUGCUGCGUGUCUACAUCGGGUCCUUCUGGUCGGAGCCCCUGAUGAUCUCCGACAACCGACGGCUCUUUGAGCUGGAGGAGCAGGACUUGUUCACGGACAUCCAGAACCUGCCCCGAAAUUCUGCCCUGAGGAAGCUGAAUGACCUGGUUAAGAGAGCCCGAUUGGUCAGGGUCCACGCCCACAUCAUCAGCCACCUCAAGAGGGAGAUGCCCUCCGUCUUUGGCAAGGACAACAAGAAGAAGCAGCUGAUCAACAAACUGCCCGUCAUCUUUGCCAAGAUCCAGCUGGAGCAUCACAUUUCACCUGGGGAUUUCCCCGACUGCGACAAAAUGCAGGAGAUGCUGAUGGUCCAUGACUUCUCCAAGUUCCAUGGGUUGAAGCCCCGCAUGGUGGAUGCCCUGGAUGAGCUGCUGACCCUCGACAUCGCCAAGCUGAUGCCCCUCUUGCGCCAGGAGGAGGUCGAGGUCCCCGAGCAGAUUGUCCAGGGAGGAGCCUUCGACGGCACACGCAACGGCCCUUUUGUCGAGGGGGCCACCGAAGGCGCCUACGAGGGCAUGGACGACGACGAGUGGGUAGUAACCAAGGACAAGCCCAAGUAUGAUGAGAUCUUCUACAACCUCUCCCCCAUGGAUGGCAAGCUGAGCGGCACCAAGGCCAAAACCUGGAUGGUGACCACCAAGCUGCCCAACUCAGUUCUCGGGAAGAUUUGGAAGCUGAGUGACGUCGACCGGGAUGGCAUGUUGGAUGACGAGGAGUUCGCUCUGGCCAGCCACCUCAUCGAGGUCAAACUCGAAGGCCACGGCCUGCCCUCUGACCUGCCCCGCCAUCUUGUUCCCCCUUCCAAGCGCCGUCAGAAGGGCUCGGCUGAGUAAGCGCCUUCCUGAGUCGGCUCGCCCCACCCCCCACAUCCUAACACCGGGCUUGAAGUACUUCAGGAGGUGCUGGGCCUUCUCCGGUUUCCCUCGAAGCAAACUUCCAGGAAUUGAAUUCCUUAGGAAGACCUCACCUCACAGCCGAGCACAGCAUAGGAAAUCUGCUUUCUGCUCUUCUCUUCAAGCCAGGCUUCCAGCUCAAACUUCUCCGUCCCUUCUGGUCUUUUCAGCGACUCCCGUCCGCCUCGCAAAGCCUCAAUGUCCUCAUGCAGAAUUAAACCAGUUGAACUCACCAUGUCUACCACCCCACCAAGUAUCUAUAAGCGUUAAGACUUCUCUUCCCAGAGGGUCUCUCUUUCCAGAACCCAAACUCAACUUCGUUGGCUUCCUGAACUACCUAAAAAAUAUGACUUCCUCCGUGCGUAGUUUGGAACCGUUCCUUUAGGCCAGAGUCUAGCCCACAUCAGACCCACAUUAGGUUUGACUUCUCUCAGUAGUCCAUGGCCAGAUAUGCUACCAACCUAGAUGGUCCAGAUGGUCUCCACCUUCAAGCUUUCUUUAUAUUUGGUCAACAUCUUUCCUCCGUUCCAUCUGGCCUUUGGCCACCUUUUGUCUACAACUCCCGUAGCUGAUUGCUUCUCCCAUGACUAGUUCUGGAUGGAUGUAUGGAUGGGAGGAAAGGAAGGAAGGAAGGAAGGAAGGAAGGAAGGAAGGAAGGAAGGAAGGAUAAACAGGGGAGCAGAGAUAGGAGACUGGAAGCAGUCCAUCAGAACCACAAACAAUGCCGAUCCCAUGGUUGAAGGUGGAUCUGAAACGAUCAUAGAUCAGUCCUCGAGAUGUUUCCCUUCAGAAGCAGAGGGGGUAGCAGAGAUAAGAGGUGGAAUGAGAUCCUUCUGGCUUAAAGCAGGCAGAUUCCGUACUCUCCACUCUUUCUUCUGGGGUGGAAUUGGUCGAAGAGACGAAUUGUAGACCUUCUUUAUCAAAGCAAGAAUAGGCGGUGAGAAGUCUACCACGCGAGGACACCAUCAGCGGUGGGCUUCCCAUUUUGUGACCACCGCUUCCCCACAUGCCCCUGGCCUUCUGCGCAGGCGCUUUGCUUGCGCAGGCGCCUUCUGUGCAUGUGCCGAGUCUCAAAAAUGUGCCUAAAUAGGGCGGCAUAGAACCGGAGGUGGGUAGACGGGCCCACCCGUGAUUUCUGCUACCGGUUCGUGCGAACUGGUCCAAACCAGCUGAAUACCACCUCUGGACACCAUGGAGAUUGAGCCAGAAUGAGGCCUAGUAUUAGAGACAUUCGCACGUCAGGUCUGUGAAGAUUUCUCCUUUCUCGGAGGCUCACUUGUUGGUGAACUUUCCUCCAAAUUCUUUUUCUGUCUCUCGCUGCCGCCGUUAGCUUGCACAACUAAAGUGGCUUCCUUCCCAGCCCUAAAAACUGCUGCUGUCUUCCAGCAUUCACGGGAUGGGACAAUAGAGUCUUAUUCUGGAGAUCAAGUGAUCUUUCCCAUCCCCCCCCCUUUCUUGGGAAGUGGCAAGGAGAAGACAUGUCCCUUGGGAAUCCAGGAGAAUCCAUCAAAGUGUCAGGGAAUCACUCAUUGCCGUGGUUGAGU